CUUUCUUACGGGGUAAUUUUGCCGCGUCAUGCAGCCCGCCACGCCAUUCGCACGGCAGAAGAAGCGACGCGGAUCUGAUCCAGGUAGGCAGCACAGCGGUCCGUUGCAUUCAUUCAUCCCAUUCGGUCGUUCUCACAUUUGCAGAUUCAUCAGACGGUGCCGCUGCUGAUCAGCCCAACGGCCAUGGUGCUAGUCCCUCGUCCGGCGAGGACAUCCCGCCGUCCAUUCUGAGUGGCCUUGCAGACUGUCAGCGGAUUGACCUGCCUGGCGCCGACGUGCUGUACGUGCCCCGCAUCUUCACGAGAGAGGAGAGCACGGCCUUUGUGGCGCAGCUGGCGGCUCUCGAGCAGUGGAAAAGGCCCGAGUUCAAGAUAUUCGGCAAGGUGCACUUGCAGGGCAAUUACAGCUGCCACUUCAGCGACGGAGGACAGCUCAACUACCGAUACUCGGGCAGGGACAAUGUGGGGCAAGAGGUACACCCAAUCGCACACACAGACAGACAGACAGACAGACAGAUAGACAACAGCGCCGCCCCUCUUUUCAUCUCACAGUGUGUCUGUGCGACUGGUGCACCCAUUCAGUUCCCCGAGUUUCUCCAGGCCAUCAGGCGGCGUGUGGAGGCCGUUGUGAGGCACAUCGACGGCCAGCGGACCGACGCUAAGAUAUGCCCAGGUGAUGGUGAGUUCCAGUUCAACUACUGCCUGGCCAACAAGUAUGAGGACGGCAACGCGUCGCUGGGGAUGCACUCGGAUGACGAGCGCGACCUCUUUGGACCCAUCGCCUCAGGUGGGUCAGCCAGUGAAUGAAUGGAUGAGGCAGACAGACAGACAGACAGACAGACAGGUGAAUGUCGUGUGUGUGUGUGUGUGUGCAGUGUCGUUCGGCGCCACACGUCACUUCACCUUGGCCCACAAGCGGGACAAGUCGGUGAAGCGGCGGAUUGACCUGAGUGACGGGUCUCUGCUGGUGAUGGCGGGGGACACGCAGAGGAACUACAAGCACGGGGUGCCCAAGAUGAAGAGGGUCACCGACAUGCGCAUCAACCUCACCAUGAGAUGCAUCAGGCCCAGAGAUAGCAGCAGGGCGAGCGGCAAGAAGAGGGCAAAGCGAUAGAUAGGAUGCUACGGAUACAGGAGUGGCCGCCUGAGUGGAUGAGAUGAGUACGCUAACUAACUAGUUACAUGUGUGGGGUGUCUGUCUGUCUGUCUCUCUGUCUGUCGACAAUCAUGAGCGGAGCGGAGUGCCUUUCCUUUCGUAUGCCGUGCUGUAGAUAAAGGCAAUCCUGGCUGCCAAUUCAACUGUCACCAAAGGGUCCC